GUGAUGGGGUGUAAUGUGAUAUGGAGGGGGCGGAGCUCUACAUAACCCGAGUGAGGCUGAGCUUCGGGCUCUGCAGUUCUUUCGCAGCGCCUGAGGAGGAAGAGCAGGAUCAGCUGAACUACAGAAGAAUAAACAACCAGGAUAUUUAAUAAAGAACAGUGUUAAACUGCUGAAAGAGGCGAAGCACAAGCCAUCCAGAAGAAUCUCCUGAAAACGCAGAAAUUGUUUGCUACAUUUCACAGACAGAUGGAGCCAAGUCCCGACAUGGAGGAACAUCAGCACUCUGUCAAGAGUUUUACUAAACAGAGUGAUAUCAAAAAACACCAGCGCAUUCACACAGGAGAGAAACCGUAUCACUGCUCAGACUGUGGGAAGAGUUUUACUAAACGGAGUAAUCUCAAACUGCACCAGCGCAUUCACACAGGAGAGAAACCACAUCACUGCUCAGACUGUGGGAAGAGUUUUAAUCAACAGAGUGAUCUCAAAAAACACCAGCGCAUUCACACAGGAGAGAAACCGUAUUACUGCUCCGAUUGUGGGAAGAGUUUUACUGAACAGAGUAGUCUCAAAAUACACCAGCGCAUUCACACAGGAGAGAAACCGUAUCACUGCUCCGAUUGUGGGAAGAGUUUUACUAGACAGAGUGAUCUCAAAAUACACCAGCGCAUUCACACAGGAGAGAAACCACAUCACUGCUCAGACUGUGGGAAGAGUUUUAAUCAACAGAGUACUCUCAAACUGCAUCAGCGCAUUCACACAGGAGAGAAACCGUAUCACUGUUCAGACUGUGGAAAGAGUUUUACUAAACAGAGUCAUCUCAAACUGCACCAGCGCAUUCACACAGGAGAGAAACCGUAUCACUGCUCAGACUGUGGGAAGAGUUUUAAUAUACAGAGUAAUCUCAAAAAACACCAGCGCAUUCACACAGGAGAGAAACCGUAUUACUGCUCAGACUGUGGGAAGUGUUUUACUCAACAGAGUAAUCUCAAAAUACACCAGCGAAUUCACACAGGAGAGAAACCGUAUUACUGUUUCGACUGUGGGAAGAGUUUUACUCAACAGAGUAAUCUCAAAAUACACCAGCGCAUUCACACAGGAGAGAAACCGUAUCACUGUUCAGACUGUGGGAAGAGUUUUACUGAACAGAGUAAUCUCAAACUGCAUCAGCGCAUUCACACAGGAGAGAAACCGUAUCACUGUUCAGACUGUGGGAAGAGUUUUACUUUACAGAGUGAACUUAUAUUACACCAGCGCAUUCACACAGGAGAGAAACUGUAUCACUGCUCAGACUGUGGGAAGGGUUUUACUCAACAGAGUCAUCUCAAACUGCACCAGCGCAUUCACACAGGAGAGAAACCGUAUCACUGCUCAGACUGUGGGAAGAGUUUUAAUAAUCAGAGUAAUCUCAAAAAUCACCAGCGCAUUCACACAGGAGAGAAACCGUAUCACUGCUCAGACUGUGGGAAGAGUUUUAAUCAUCAGAGUAAUCUCAAACUGCACCAGCGCAUUCACACAGGAGAGAAACCGUAUCACUGCUCAGACUGUGGAAAGAGAUUUACUACACAGAGUCAUCUCAAAAUUCACCAGCACAUUCACACAGGAGAGAAACCAUAUUGCUGCUCAGACUGUGGAAAGAGUUUUAAUCAACAGAAUCAUCUCAAAAAUCACCAGCGCAUUCACACAGGAGAGAAACUGUAUCACUGCUCAGACUGUGGGAAGAGUUUUACUACACAGAGUAAUCUCAAAAAUCACCAGCGCAUUCACACAGGAGAGAAACCGUAUUACUGCUCAGACUGUGGGAAGAGUUUUACUGAACAGAGUAGUUUCAAAAAACACCAGCGCAUUCACACAGGAGAGAAACCGAAUUACUGCUCAGACUGUGGGAAGAGUUUUACUCUACAGAGUACUCUCCAAAUACACCAGCGCAUUCACACAGGAGAGAAACCGUAUUACUGCUCAGACUGUGGGAAGAGUUUUACUCAACAGAGUACUCUUCAAAUACACCAGCGCAUUCACACAGGAGAGAAACCGUAUCACUGCUCAGACUGUUGGAAGAGUUUUACUCAACAGAGUAAUCUUCGAAAACACCAGCGCAUUCACACAGGAGAGAAAACUCCAUCUUAGUUCAGUUUGAAGGCAAUUAAAAGUGCAAAUCGUAAGUCUUUUCCACUACCACUAGGCCCAUCUGCAUGAAAGAAGAAGUGAAAACACCAGCUGAGGAACUCCAGAGUGUGUUCCCAAAAGUGAGACCCAGAGCCACAGAGAGAGACGAUACUGUUCCGGAUACUGCCGUGUGGACUGGAGGAGCAUCCAGACCCGCAGAGAGGCCAACUAAAUCCUUUCCAGAGGUUAAAUAAAACGCUCCAGCCGUAGUUCCCAUACUGAAAUCAACCCCCUCCAGACUUGUGUAGCGCAGUAAGGUUGCAGGCUCAUUCAUUCCCUCUGAUGGUGUUCUCAUUUGUCUAUGGUUCGUUCUGAUUAAAAUCUGUAACCAUAGAGGGAUAUAGAUGGAUAUUUGGUUGUUGUAUUACUCAAGGUUUAUGCUCUCUUAUCUUUUCCUUAUUGAAUAUUAUAUGUUGCUUAAGGUUUUUUGAUCUCCAAAAUUUACUAAGAAUAUCCAAAUCAUGUAGUUUCUUAAUUGUUUUUA